AUGGCACUCAUCUCCCUUGUUGCUGUGGUAGUCGUUGUUGCCAUAAUAUUGUUCAUACGUUACGUCAACAGCACGGAGAAGAACCACCUACCAGCAGGAGUACAGAGACUGCCAGGCCCCAAAGGUAUUCCGAUCCUUGGUAGCGUACCAGAAGUGCCAGAUAAGAACAGCUUCCUCAAGUUUCACGAGUGGGGACAACAGUAUGGUCCCAUUUAUCAGACCAACUUGGCUGGUCAGAACCACGUUUGGAUCACCCGAGAUAGUGUUGCUCAAGAACUACUCGGCAAGAGAGCAGCCAACAACUCUGAACGUCCAUUCAUUCCAUCGCUACAGGCCGACAACCGUAACAGUGGUCACUACCUUCCGUUGAUGUCCCGAAAUGAGCUAUGGACGCGUCAAAGAAAGUUUGCAAAGCAAAUCAUGGACAAAUCAUCAGUCAAUGCAUAUUACAAUUACCCCGAGCUAGAAUCAGUUCGGCUCCUGUUUGAGCUCAUGACAGAUCCUUCGCGCUACAACCACGCUCUGGAAUCAUUCGUCUCACGAGUGACUUGCCGACUUGGAUGGGGAACAGCAGCCCCAUCUGAUGAACUCAAACAGCGAGCCAGAGAGCUACUCAUAGGCGUGUCACCUAAUGGUGCGCUUACGAACAAACUCGGCUUUCUCAAGAAACUCCCAGAGGCAAUUGUCCCGGCAAAAGCAUGGGAGUUUCGCCGAUACAGAACGGAGAGUCGUUUCUUCACCGUCUUGCAAAACGAGGUCAGAGAAAAGCUGAAGAACAAGACUGCGCCGGAGUCGUGGAUGCGCCAUUUCCUGGAGAACAAGGCCGCUACCGGAUUUGCUUCCGACUUGGAAGGCGCAUACGCUGUAGGCAUGCAUGGUAUUGCCGGUGCUCUUACCAUUGCCGCACCAAUGCAGAGCUUUUGUCUUGCCAUGUGUCACCACCCUCAGUAUCAGUCUAUACUUCAAGAGGAGUUAGACAGAGUUUGUGGCGACAGACUGCCGAAGCUGAGCGACAUGCCUGAUAUGCCUGUGUUACGCGCCUUUAUCAGAGAGACUCUUCGUUGGCGUCCACCUGUACCAACAGGUAUCCCGCACGAGUCUGUGAAGGAUGAUAUCUACGAAGGCUAUUUUAUUCCUGGCGGCUCCGUCAUGCAUCCUCUCGAGUGGUCCAUCAGUCGUGACCCUGAUGUCUUCCCCGAGCCUGAUGCGUUCAACCCAAUGAGAUGGCUUGAGACGAAAUAUCCUACCUAUCAAGAGCCUCUGACCAAGUACCCGACGAUCACUCAAUACAGUCAAUUUGGCUAUGGACGUCGCAUCUGUGCUGGUAUGGGCGUUGCCGAAGCCGAUCUCUUUGUUGGCAUCGGUAGUCUUGCUUGGAUGUUCUCGCUUAGUGCCAGCGAUACGGAAGCCGAGAAGGCGACCGAGCCACCGAAAGAGCCUGUCCCGUCAUCAUUGCCUAUUCACAAAGCAGUCGAGACUCCAACCUCGACGCCCUCAGGUAUUCAGACACCCCCAUCAGAGACCGAAAUCGAGGAACAGCUCGACGAACACUUCUCAGAGAAGAUGCUGCCGUCCGACAAAAGCAGACUGGCCCGCCAGAAGACUGUCAAGAAGCUGAAGAAUCUCGAGUCCACUGGUAGUGGCCUGAGUCGAGCAAAGACAGUAACAUAUAAACUCCGCCUCCCAGGCUCGUCACUGCCAGGUCAAUUUCCAGCUUUCUUCGAGCAGCACGCAGGCCCAGAUACUCCGCCUUCGUCGCCGAAGGCCCGUACUGCGAUGGCAGGUACACCCGACAUGCCUGCCGUGGACAACAUGUUCAAUUCCGCCGCCGACGAAAAGGCCUCAAAGCCUGACCCUACACUCGAGUAUUCGAGUCUACUAAUUGCCAAACCUCUACCAUUCAAGUUCAACAUGAAGAUCAGAGAUAAGAAAAAGGCAGAGCAUGUGGCUCGUGAGUGGAUGUUCUAUAAGAUGGAUGGUGAGUUUGAGGAUUCGAAAUGUUAUUGGGAAGGUGGCAAUGCUGGUAACAAGAUGUAUGGCUGGGGCGAGGUGCAUAAAUGAUGCACGUGUUCUUCAUCAAUGUUUUCUCUUUCCUUCUUCCGAGAGCGCCAGAUUCAGUCACUCCACGACCCUGCUAUAUAAUUUUCUAUCUCAUAUAGUCAUUCAUGUCAUUUCGAACCUGCACAGCUGGACAAAGAACAUUCCCUAGACCUUGUUAUCUACCACCACUUCCGUGUUUCUUGAGGUAAAGUAGACAAAGUAGACAAAGAAGACAUAGUAGCCAUAAUAGAUUCAGGCAGGUAGAUGGUCAAUGGCGUUUUAAAUUAG